AUGUUGCUUAUGCUUUGUUUCAGCCGUCUAGACAUCUGGGCUCGAGUCACUCCGGCAGCGGCAGCAGAAGCCGCAGCGGCUGAUGCCGCAGCUGCUGAAGCCGCACAAGGAGACGUCAGUCUCGACGGCAGUUACGACGACAUCACCGCAAGCUUUGGAGCGGCCAGCUACCGGCUAGCCGGCACUUUUGAAACGGAUUGCAGUUACGACGCCGGCGAGAACCUUCUAGAGGGCGUCGUUUUGUCCGAGGGCCGGCACGCGCUGUUCGCGCCGCUUGCAGCGUGGACGGAGGAGAGCAUUCUGCGGCUAGAACGGAUUAAAGCGUACGGCGCGCUGAGGAAUAACAAGCCUCGGCCAGUGGAGAAAGAGGAGCAGCGCAACAAGGAGCAGCGCAACAGGCGCGGCAAUGACUUGUACUCCAAAUUACCCUCUGCUAGCGUCAGGGCUCGUCGUGCGGCGGGAAUCGGUUGCUGUUUCGCAGGCGGCGCGGGGUAUGGGGAAGAGGCGGAAGAUGGGGAAGGGGCGGAGGACUCCCUGCCGGCGCGCGAGGCUGUGGGGAAGCUGGCGGAAGGAAUUGCGCGGCUAAGGAUGGGAUGGGCGCGCGCAAGAGAUGGAGCGGAGGAGGCGGAAGGGGUCAGAGCACCGCUUCUGGCGCAUGCGGUGCUCCCAGCGGAGAGGGGGGACGUUAUCACGCAGGAUGGCGGUCGCGGCAAAGAUGAGCGGUUGAAUAGGGAUGGUGCUGAUAUGCUCAGGGAUGCUCGAAUUGCCGGCGAACCUUCUUCCAAUUCGCGUCACAACGAGAUUGAACCUGCCGACACUCCUGCCGCCCACAAAUCGAGUAAUUUUACUGCCAGCGACACAGGCGCCUCCUAUGGAACACGGAGUACGACAGCUGCCACGUCAGCAGGCGAGCCGCGGGUCGUGCUGCCGCACCUGUACUCUAAAGUGCCGGUUUCUGGGGAAGGCGGUAGCGGGGCAGGCUGGGGUAGGUGGGAAGAUGGAGAGACAUGCCUUCAGGAAGAGGAGGAGGGAGACGAUGGGUACUGGCGUGAAAGAGCAGACGACGCUGCUGCUGCUGGUGAUGCUGGUGAUGCCGGUGCUGCUGGUGCUGCCACUGGUGGCAGUGCUAGUCCGACGCUCGAAGAAGCGCGUGACAUGGGAGCGCGGACCAGACCGAGCUCUCCCACCCAUCACACCACCAGCCCUGCUGCUUCCACUAUGCCCGCGACCGACGCCGCUGCUCCCGGAACUGUUCUCAAGGUUCGGCGGCACUGUAUUGCUGAGGCGGCAGAGAAGGACGACUCGGGCGGCAGCAGCAAGGGUCUGGACGGCAGCGGGCCGGCAUCGCUGUUCACCAUUCUGAUCAUGCCGGCCGAGAGUGGGGGAAAGAAGGAGAGUCGUCGAUUCUUUGAUGUCAACCACACUAUUGAUCGUGCCCUGCGUUGGUUCGCCUCAGUGCGUGCGAGUGGGGCAGCACUCGAGCUGAUGAACGCUCAAACCGAAGUCCUGCCGGUGCGGCUGGGCGGCAUGGAUGGCGACAAGCUCGCCAAGAUGGCUCAGUAUGGCAAGUGGACAGUAAAGACAAACGACGAGCAGCGCGGGGAUCAUAUCUCCGUCCUCCGCGCCGUCCGGCUCUGGCUGGUCCCGGAUUCCGAGGUGGAACUUACCCUCGUGCUGGCGUCUGGCGGGGUAAAUAAUGCAGCGUGCCCUCCCGACUGGGGAUUACUUCUGGAACAAACCCCCGAGGGAGUGGUGCAUGUGGUGGGGGUGAGGGGGGGAAGUCCGGCGGAGAAAGGUGGAGUAGCCAUGCUUCUGAGGAUGGCACGGGCGAAGAAACGGCUGCUGCUGCUGUCGAGGCUGCAGGGGCAGGUGCUGCUGCCGUCGGUGAUAGCCAAUGGGCAGAUAGACUGUGCUGACGUGGAGGCUUUACAGGAGCAGCUGGUGCUGCAGGCGCAUCUGCCGUCCAUCCCGCUGCGCCUAACGUUUGCCCUGUCGACUCACCCCUCCACCUCUCUCUAUUCUCUCCUUUCAGCUUAG